UCGUAUGCUUUCCGCCUAAGCAAUCGUUGGCCGGAAAUUCAAAUAAAUUUCAAAUUACAAAAACUAAAAAAAAUGGAAAAAAUAUUCAAUUUCUUUCGUCUUACAAAUCAAAAUGUAUUUGCGCCAACAAAAAACAAGCUGCUGCUUACCGUCAUAAACGAUGAUGGUCGUGCUAUUCAAUUGGUAGCAUUCUCCGAUACGACCGGUGCGGAAGUAAUAUCCAAUUCACUCGUUGAGUUCUCAGAAAUAACGGAACACGAUUACCGUGCGCAUCAGAUCGUUCAUGUUCGAAACGGAAAUGUAAUCAAUUACAAUACAUCCAUGGAUGUAGCUGGUGUCGUAGAUAAUGAUGAAAUUUAUUUGUUCAAGAAACACAAACUCUCAGCUGAAAGUACGGAGUUUGAUCAAGCACCCGAUCUGGCAACGAUUCAUGAAGUCACCGGAUAUGUUCAAAAUAGCGCAGACAAACCGUUCAAUAUAAAUCGCAGUUUUGUGAGAUAUGCCGUUGGUGAUUAUUCCUACGUGAAAAACUUUCUCAUUCAAAUGGCAAUCGAGUCGGCGUAUAUCAUUUCGUCCGGACCACAUGCCGACUUGUUGGUGCACUAUUUUAAACACAAAAUUAUUGGACGUCGGAAGUAUCAGGUCGAUGUGGUGGAAUCACUGACUCAGCUAGGAUUUGAGAAGUCACGUUGUCUGUACGCAAUCAAAUUGAAAAAAAACGUUUAUUCAGACGCAUUGAACUGGCUGAUUGAUCAUAGUGACGAUUCCAGUACAUAUCAUUCGUACAACAGUUCCGCUUCCCUCAUUAAAACCGUCUCUCAAAGUGUUCAAGAAAAAUUCCGUAGUCUGAAACAAAUAAUUCGAAUCUACGGUCGGGCUGGUCAACAUUACUGCGAAAAAUGGUUGAAAAUUUUGAUAGAAAUGGGAUUCACCACGGAUGAAUCGAUGAAAGCUUUGUCAGCAAGUGACUGGGAUCCGACCCGAGCCAUUGCGUUGCUAUGCGAUAGUAAGGACUCAUCGCUGAAAUGUGCGAAAGAUUUGGCUUCCAGUAUUUUAGAAUCAGCAACCGUUCAAUGUUAUCUGGGCGAUCCGGAGGUGUUCAUGACUAUCGUAUACUUGCUGGGAUCAGGAUCAGGAUCGAGUGGCAUCGAACAUAAUUGGGAGUCAAGCAAACUGAAGUAUGAGCGUGUUGCAUCAGUUCUGAAACGGUAUAAUGACGAAAAACAAUGCCAGGUCAUUAACAAAUUAAAUUUCAAUUGAAUAA